GGGAGCCAUGGCGGCCGCCAUGGAGGAGGAGCCGCAGGAGUCCCCGGAGCCGGCGGCGCGGGAGCCGCGGGUGCGGGACACCCCCGAGGACAUCUGCCUGGAGGCCACGGCCAACGCCAUCGCGCUGCACCCGGCGCGGCCGCUGCUGGCCGCGGGGGACGUGGACGGCGAUGUGUACCUGUACUCGUACUCCUGCACCGAGGGGGAGAACCGGCAGCUCUGGUCCUCGGGACAUCACCUCAAGUCGUGCCGGGACGUGGCGUUCUCCCAGGACGGGCAGAAGCUUUUCACUGUGUCCAAGGAUAAGUCCAUCCACAUUCUGACUGCGGAGGAGGGACGGCUGGAAACGCGCUUCCCCAAGGCUCACGAAGCAGCUCUCAACUGCGUGCUGCCCAUCGACAACCACAUCUUUGCCACGGGUGACGACGGCGGGGCAGUGAAGGUGUGGGACCUGCGCAGGGGCAGUGCCAUCCUGGAGGCACGGCAGCAGGAGGAGUACAUCAGUGCCAUGACUGUGGAUGGCAACGGGAAGAUCCUGCUGACAGCCAGUGGUGAUGGCACCUUGGGCGUCUACAACGUGAAGAGACGGCGCUUUGAGCUGCUCUCGGAGCCGCAGAACGGCGACCUGACGUCUGUGGUGCUGAUGAAGAGGGGGAGGAAGGUGGCGUGUGGCUCCAGCGAAGGCACCAUCUACCUCUUCAACUGGGACGGCUUCGGGGCCGCCAGCGACCGCUUUGCGCUCAGGGCAGAGACCAUUGACUGCAUGGUGCCCAUCACGGACAGCAUCGUGUGCGUGGGGUCCCUGGACGGAGUCAUCAGGGCGGUGAACGUGCUGCCGAACCGCGUGCUGGGCUGCGUGGGGCAGCACCUGGGCGAGCCCAUCGAGCAGCUGGCCGCGGCCGCGGACGGGAAGCUCCUGGCCAGCAGCGGCCACGACCAGAAGGUGAAGUUCUGGGACGUGUCGGCGCUCGGCUCCAUGGUGGUCGAUGAUUACCGCCGGAAGAAGAAGAAGGGCGGGCCGCUGCGCGCCCUCAGCAGCAAGGCGCUGGGCAGCGGGGAGGAUUUCUUCGCCGACCUGCGGGACGAGGCCGAGCCGGAGGCGGCGGAGGGCGGUGACAGCGGCGACAGCGACAGCGACUGAGCGGCCGCGCGGGGCCGGGGGCGCUGCCCCCUCAGCGCUGCCGCCCCGCCCGGCGCGGGGGCGGGGCUCUGCGCGUCCUUCUCGCGGGGCGCGACCAAUCAGAGCCGCAACCCCUGGCAGUGCCCGCCUACAGGGCGUGGCCUGACUGGUAUGCUACUGUUGUCAGUGGGCAGGACGCUGGCGUUCUGAUUGGCUCCUAGGGCUGCCACUCAAGCUGGGAUGUAGGCGCGGUCUUAAAGGGGCAGCGCGCGUCGGAGCGGGUGGGGGUCCCACAGGGGACAGGCUGGGCAUGGUGAGGCUGAGGGUCCUGCCGGAGGACCUGGAGCGGGGCAGGCCUUCAGGGGUGGGGGCACAUGGCUGGGGCGAGAGGGACUGGGAACGGUCCCUGCCUGGGGUCCGUGAGGGAUGGGGAGGGGCUCUGAGAUGGGGGGACAGGGCUGGGGGCUCUGGUCACUGACUGGGGCGGGGUUACCACUGAGGGUCCCUGCUGUGGGCAGUGCAGGGAUGGGGGGACAUGGCUGAGGGCUCCUGGUGGAGGGGUUAUGGGGGAAGGGUCGUGAUUGAACAUCCCUGGUGAAGGAGGGGGGUGCUGGGAUAAGGGAGGACAGGGCUGGGGGCUCUGGUGGAUGAGAGGGCUGCUCUGAGCUAUGGGGGACAGGGCUGGGGGCUCUGGUGGAUGAGAGGGCUGCUCUGAGCUA